UCAUUCAUUCACGUGCCGGUGACGGCUAAUUGUAAAAUACUUCCUAGUGCAGGGCAUUGUAAUGCUGGUGAGUUCACGUGAGCUCGUCAGGUGUUAUAACUUGCUCGGUAUCAUUUAGGGAGUGAAGACAGACGCAGGUUCCACCUCCACCAAACAAGAGAUCACCAUGUAUUCAUGGCUAGGCAUCCUGCCGAUUUGCCUCGUUCUGCUGGCAGCAGGGACAUUUGUUGUGUCCUACGUCAUCGCUGUUGUACGAGGUGACAUCACGGCUGCAUUUCCAUACAUCAGUGACACAGGAGCAAAGAUUCCAGAGAGCAACGUCUUUGGACAGUUCUUAAACAUGGCAGCUUUCAUAUCAUUCUGCACAAUGUAUCGGUACAAGGUGAUUGCUGCGAUAUCGACGGGCGAAGAUCGGUGGUUGACACGAAUGAACCGGUUCACAAUGGUGGUGGGCAUCUUUUCGUCUCUUGGCUGCUCCAUGGUUGCAAACUUCCAGGAGGGAACGGAAGUUGAGGCAGUCCACAUCACAGGUGCCCUCUUGGUGUUUGUCUGUGGGGUGAUCUACGCGUUCCUCCAGACAGGGAUCUCAUACCACAUGUACCCCGACUACAACGGCCUACGCAUCUGCCGCAUCCGCCUCGCCGUCUGUCUCACCUCCCUGGCUAGCCUCGUCAUCACAAUUGCUUCUGCCAGUGUUGCCUUGUACCAGUGGAAUCGAGUACCCCACACCAAGACCAAGCUAAAGUGGGAUGACGGGGACCCAGGGUUCACAGCGCAUAUUAUCAGCACAAUUGGAGAAUGGCUCACAGCGUUCACUUUCUUGUCGUUUUUCUUCACAUAUGUAAGAGAUUUCCAAAUCCAACUUACCAUCACCACACGUCCUCUAGUGCGACAUCUUGACGAAGAGCCUUACAUAGGCCAGGAGCCAGAUGAACGUACACGUCUGCUCGCCUAGACAGGAAACCGCAUCAUAAAAGAAAGAAAACAUCGCGCCCAGGAGAAUAUUUUUUAAAAGAAACAAUUUUUUUAACCUAUCCAUUUGCCCUUCUUUCUCAGUUCUCAGUGUUGGGAGGUGUUGGUUGUUUUUAAGCUGGAAAUAUGUUUAGAGUUGUGUGGUGGUGUGUGGCUUUGUACAUAGAGUGCAGGGCACAAAUCAGUUGAAGUUAAAGCAACAUUGAUCACGGAGAGUCCAAGGAUGACCAUGUUUGGCAGCUUGAGUCGUGAGAGUGUCUAGGACUUCUGCAUUUGUAACUACUCGUGUCAUGGCGUCUUGUACCCCUCUCGUGGCCAUGUUUACGACUGGGCCCUGUCUAAGUGCAAACGGGCAUGGAGAUGAAAAUAGUCUAGU